ACGUUUUCGUGUCGGAUGCGAGCGGAUUCUGUGCGCUACUUUCAUUUAGGAUCUCGACGUGUGCGCAGUGAUGUCAUCUGUCUACAGCUGAGGGUGUUCACUGACAAUGCGACUCUGGUCGAGUUCGUUGACGUGGCGGUUGAGAUUGUUGGCGUGGACGGUGAUAUGGAUAUUGUGAGGAGACUGGGGAUGUUGAAUGUGCGUCAACUGGGCGGAUUGAGCGAAAAAUUGGAUCAGAGAAUCGUGCAGUUUGAAUACAACAGAACGGGAGAGAGAUGUGAAGUGAUGUAUCUGACCGGUGCGGGCGGACCGCCUUAUCUUGGUACACUAACCGGGUCGUUUAGUCAAACUGCAAUGAGCUGUGAUGAUCUGAUCAAGUUGAGAGUCCAAUAUAAGCAUUUAGGGUUUCCGAGUCCUGAUGUUGAUUAUCUGCCUUUUUAUGCUCACGUCGUUGAUGCUGAAGGUGCGAUACUACGAGUACAGUAUUUCUGGAUUACAGUGAAGAUCUCGGCUGCAAACACCAAUGUUCGACCGUCGGUUGACUCUUCUAGUCUUCUCUAUUUGACAGUCAGUCAAUUUGUCCCGACAGCAAUACCCCCUACUGCUCUGCAAUUCAACGACCCUGAUAAUGAGAAUGACAACUUAAUAAUUCAAGUCGCUCAAGCUCUGAAGGAGAACGAAGGCAGUCUGGUACACGUGGAUAGACCAAGAAUCCCUAUACGUUCAUUCCGACAAAGAGAAAUCAGGAAGUUGAAAAUUGUUUAUCGGCCACCAUCGACCACUUCCUUUCUUGUACAGCAAGUGGAGCUCAAGGUAGUUGCCAUUGAUCCAUAUGGGGCUGAGAGUGAUGCCUCCAUUUUGCAAUUCUAUAUACAACCUGUCAACACUAACACACCUGUUGUCACACUAAACACGGGCCUCGUUCUACUUGAAGGACAGUCUCGAGUGUUAUCACCAGAGAGGAAUCUCCAGAUAUCCGACAAAGACUCGAGACAAAGAAUUAUUGUCACAGCAAUUAAUGGUCCAAUACAUGGCAGACUUCUAGUAAGAGGGAGGCGUACGUUCCGGUUUACUAUUCGUGAUCUUGAUAGUCGAGUUGUAGUUUAUGAGCACGAUCACAGUGACAGUCGACACGAUGAUAUUAUGUUUUCUGUGUCUGAUAAAGAACAUAUGAUCUCGUUUCUGUUUCAAAUUUUAGUUGAGCCCAUUGACGAUGAGCCGCCUAUGCUCACUACUCACACCAUAGUGACAGUACUGAGCGGUGGAUACGUACAACUUGGAAGUCAGCACUUGAAUGCUCACGAUGACGACUCGGAAUACAGCCAGAUAAAAUAUGUUGUACAGUAUUCCUCACAAUAUCUUCGGUUUGGGUUAAUAUCAAAACAUUCUGGUCUAUAUCCGAGUCCGACUGCAGUCCGACACGUUCAGAAUUUUACACAGGCGGACGUGAACGAGGGAAGGAUAUAUUACGAACACUCGGGACACGGCGGGACGAUGGAUUUGUUUGCAUUCCGAUUGGCUGACACACACGAUCCUCCCAAUUAUUCCGACGUCAAAGUCAUGUUGGUGUCUAUACGACCGGCCGACAUUCACACUCCUCGGAAAUCUCCACGUGCUAUAAUGGCCAUGGAAGUGGACGAAAAUGGGACGGCCCUGAUCACGAAACAACAUCUUCUCUACAUCGACGCAGAUUCCGACGACAGAUCUCUUGUGUAUGAGAUCACGAGGCAUCCCUACUUUGUCGACUCCAGCGUACUACCUGCAGGUCAACUGAUUCGGCUUCAUCACUCAACUCCUCAAGUCGUUUCUACGUUCACGCAGGCAGAAGUGAAUCAUUACAAGGUCAGCUUUCGUGUGCCUCGCAUCGAAAUCGGAACAAUUAAACAACACGUUACGUUCGAGUUUAAAGUAAAGGAUCCCGGUGGCAACUCGGUAGACGGUCAACACUUUAAUAUAACGAUAAAUCCGGUUAACAGUCAAGCACCACAAAUUACGACCAGAAAUCUGCGUGUCGCAGUUGGUAAGUCGGUCGUCGUCACGGUUCACGAAUUGUACGUAACCGACAGAGACACGGAAGUCACAGACUUAGUGUUUAGAGUCGACGUGUUACCAAAAUACGGUCAUCUCUAUUUGUCCGGGAAGCUCGUCGAUGAGAGCAUUGCAAUCAAGAUAACGGACAUCAAAUCCGGACGUCUCACUUACAUUCACGGGAAGUCAUCGUUAUCUGCAAGAGACAGAUUUGUCGUAUCCGUAACAGACGGGAAGUAUACGGUUGAUCGGAAGGUCGAUAUCAAUGUUGCUAUACCAGCUCCGCCUUUUCCGUUUACCAUCAAGUCUGUUGUCUACAAGACGGUCAACGAGAGCGGCAACGUGUCUCUGUUGCUCGAUGACGUCGUCACAUCAAUCAAUGUCGGACCCAGUUCGAUUGCAUUCAAACUCAUCAAGCUUCCAGAUUACGGUCACUUGAAGAUCAACGAUCAACGUGUCACUAAACUCAAUUAUAAAGACCUUGACAGUGGCAGCGUGUUCUACGUCCACUCGGGUGACGAGAUCGGCACCGAAACGAGAAACGACAGCAUGCAACUUGCAGUUGUCGUCAACGGCAUUCUGUUUCGUAACGGCUCUGAUCCGGUGAUGACGACCGUCUUGCUCUCUAUUCUACCAAUUGAUGACAAACCACCCGAGAUCGUCAUCAAAAAGAAAUUAAUUGUGGACGAAGGAGGAAAGAUCGCUAUAACCACCAACACAUUGACCGUCACUGAUCCUGAUUCUUUGAUCAACGUUGUUCGAAUUCACGUCAAGAAGGCGUGUCGGUACGGAUUUUUGGAGAACACGGUGACCUCCCCGGGUUCGGAGAUAAACACGACGAUGCCCGUGAAGCAAUUUUUAUUGGCCGAUCUCAUUCAGGGGACGAUCAGUUACGUACAGAGUGUGUACAAGCAUUCAGAGCAUUCGAAGGAUAGAUGCAAAUUGAUAGCCACGGAUGGCGAUAGUCACUCGUUGGUGCGCACCCUGAAGAUCACCAUACGAGCGAUGAAUGACGAACCGCCUCGCUUGUCGGUCAACAACGGGUCGUCGGUGAAAGAAGGCGGGAAAAUAAAUAUGCGAGCAUUAGUCAAGAUAACCGACUUGGAUACAGCAGACGAUCACAUCAAAUAUGUUAUGACUUUGUUGCCACGUCACGGUGCCAUCGUUCAUCGACCGACCGGCUCGCGGCUUAAUGCGUUUACUCAAAGAAUGGUGACGAAGAAGGAGGUUGAGUAUCAACACGAUGACUCGGAGAGUAUGGAGGAUGAGUUUCGUUUUCGAGUGACCGAUGGCACUCACACGCUUUCGGUUUCUUUGCGCAUCACGGUUAUUCCGGUUGACGAUCUGAAGCCGCAAGUGAUCGCGAACAGUGGACUUGUUGUGAGAGCGAACGAGACGAAGGUAAUCUCGAGUCGGGUUUUACAAUGUGUUGACAUGGAUACGGACGAUCGACGCUUAGUGUAUGUGAUUACGGAGACAAAAGGCGAGGGAUUUCUACAGCUCAGAUCUGGUGUUGUCGUCAAGAAUCUGAAAGUCGGUAUGAGUUUCUCGCAAGACGACUUGCUGGCUCGUCGUGUCAUGUAUGUUCACUCGAGGACGUUCCAAACAAAUUCAACGACUCGAGAAUAUGUAAAGUUUACUGCCACCGAUGGUUUGAAUCCAUUGACCGACGUUUUCUUCUUUAUCACCGUUCUUCCAAAAUUGCUUCCCGAUUUACGAGUCGUGAAUAAACUGGCUCGUGUUCAAGAAAACAGUGUGCUAACAAUCACCACCGAUCUAUUGAGUGCAGUUGAUGGAACGUCGGACGUCGAGAACAUCAAGUUUAGUGUGACGAGGCCGCCCGAGAAGGGACGACUGGAGAGUUCGUUGUCACCUGGAAUUGCUGUGAUCACGUUUCGGCAGAUAGAUCUGGUUGCCAGUCGAAUUCGUUACGUUCACACGAGCGAUGACGUAUCGGUAGUUGACGGGUUUGUUUAUCGUGUUACCAAUGGUUACCAACUGCUUACUCGUACAUUUGUGAUUUCUAUCGAUCAUGUGGACGACUCGUUGCCCGUCGUGGAGUCGAACGGAAUGACAACGAGACGAGGACAAAUGCAAGUGAUAUCUGUACUCAUGCUGAGGGCACUGGAUGCCGAUACGGAACCAGAAAAUGUGACCUUUGUCUUGCAUCGACUGCCAGAAAACGGCGAUCUCAUGAGGACAAGAAACGGUCGAGUGGAAAUCGUGAAAGACAACUUUACACAGUUUGACGUCGAUCGAGGGCUCGUCAAGUACCGGCACACGAGGUUGGAUACCUCGAGUGAUUCGUUUCUGUUCACGGUGACCGACGGAGUUCAUUCAAAGUUCCACGUCCAUCCGGACAUCACCAAAGUGACAUCACGUUUGCAACUAUUUGAGAUCGUCGUCGAGUUGCCCGUCGAUCGUAAGCCGGUCGUCACAGUAAACACAGGCAUACACAAUCUACGAUUUUUUGGAUCAGCCACAAUCGGAGCGAUGAUGACUUCUCGUGUACUGAAUGCAGAAGUCAGCGGCAAAGUCGACAAUAAUCUGGUUUAUUCCGUUUUUGAGCAUCCGGCACACGGACAAAUCGUAUUGGUCGAAUCGGAAGGAUAUCGUCACGUCAAUAAUUUUACUCAGAACCAGCUUGGGACCGUCGCAUACAUUUUGAUGGCGCCGUUUGAUCGUACGGCGACAUCCGAUUCGUUCAUCGUCGACGUUGUUGGAUCCGACGGUUCACGUUCGUUCCCUGCUGUCGUCGACAUACAAUGGACUUGGAUCUGGAUUGACCAGCGAGUGUACGAAGUCGGAGAAGAUAGUGGCAGCAUUGACAUUGAUAUCAAUAGAUCCGGCAACGUUCGGCAGUCGUCGUUUAUUAACAUUGCGGCUGUCGAUCAGACAGCACAUCGAACAGUUAAUUUCUUUACCAGCAAUGCACGACUGAUGCAAUUCGAUCCGGGAGAGAAGCAAAAGACGUGGAGAGUUGGUAUCAUUAAUGAUGGUGUGGAAAUGAGUAGAUCGUUGACUUUUGAUGUGUCCGUAUCGAAUCCGGUCAAUGCCCUCAUAUUUCCCGGAGACGGCACGGCAAAGGUUGUCAUCCACGAUGCUACAAGAGGAAUCACUGAUACCCCUCCACCUGUUUCACCAACGUUUCUUUCAAUGAGACCGGCAGCUACAUCAAAUGUUGGAAGAACCACCGAUGCCAAGAGGACAGAAGUCGAGAGCCCUACCAUUGUUGGUGCGGAUAUCGUGUCUAUUGCACCGGUCGAGAACACAGACGACAAAUUGGUGAGAUUAGAGCCACUGGAGCCCAACGAAGAGCUAGAAACCGUUGCACCUCACACAUGUCCACAUGGCUGGGAUACUGUAAGCACUAAAUGUUACAAGCAGGGUGAAAUGCGGCUAUCAUGGAAUGACGCGCAGAAUGCCUGCAAUGAACAGAAUUCGACGCUGUUUACAGUCGGUGAUGAUCAGCAAGGCAACGUGGUGAAGAGAAUGUGCAGUAGGAACCCCUGUUGGAUAGGAUUGAAAUUGACCGAUCGUCCUACACUGAAAUGGGUUAAUGGUCAGCAGUUGACAGUAAACGGAUUCCGAAACCAGAAACGUCCUCGAUACGACAAAACAGCCAAAGAUGCCAAGAACUGUGUGGCAGUCACCUCAAUGAAAUGGAUAGUGAACAAAUGCCAGUCCGUGAAACGUCGCUACAUCUGCCAACUCAACUGACU